AUGGCCCGCCCACUCGACGACUGCUCUCCCGAAGCGAGCUCCUCCACGGCCGCCGAGAAGCCAGUUUCCGCCCUCCGCGCCAGGCUGUGCAGCGAGGACCCGUUCCAUCUAGCUCACGCCUCUGCGUCCUCGUCCGAGCCGCACCGCAGGCACAGUGACAUAUACAAGCAGCUGCGGGCUGCCUUUUCCUCGGUGUCCGGCCCGCGACCAGCACCAGCACCGCAUCACUCCCCGGACGGGGGGAGAUUCAUCAUGAACAAUCUCGCAGAAACAUUUGCCCGGUGCGGCGAGGAGACGUACAAGUCAGUCGCGUGCAACCUCGAGGCCGUCCACAGAUCCCUGUCCGGCCAGAUAGACGCCUUCCACGCCGAGUCUGCAGCGACGCUGAGCGACGCCGCCGCGCUGUACGAGAACAUUUCGUACCCGCUAUCGAUGACGGUGUGCCACUCUGGGCGCUUCCCGCGGGGCACCAUCGAGCAGCACUUGUCGGCGCUCCGGGACAAGAUGGCCGCCGCGGAAGAGGAGCUGGCGUCCCUCGACGCCGAGUGGACGGCGUGUGUCGCCGAGGAAGCCAAGGCGAUGACGGCGACAGCGGCCGACGACGACCCAGACCCGUCAAAGGACGUGGACGCCCUGGUGCACGAGAUUGACGGCAUAGUGAGGGACAAGGCCGCCGACCUGGACCACAUGGACAAGGUGAGCGAGCCGUCCGCUGUCCGGCCAGCGCCACCAGGAGGGCUAACGAGCAGCAAGAAAUAUCGUGACCUGCUGUGGAGGGAGUCGCAGAAGGUGAUGAAGGCCAUCGUGGCGGACUAG